AUGGAAAUAACUAAAUGGUCAAUUACAGAACUCCUAAAUUUGUAUGUGAAAUAUCUAACUAAACCAUUAUAGUUAGGUAAUUCAGGGAGGCAACCACUCCUGCCGCCAUAGAUUAGACCUUUUGAAUCUAAAAUAUAUGAGAACUAUGAGUUUUCUAAAUUUCAAAAGAAGAUACUAAAUGAUGCUCUAUAUAAAUAUAAGGAAUUCUGGGAUAAGUAACUUUUCCAUCCGGUCAGGGAACUCAAUGACUCCAUAAUCUAUGAUGGUGAACAUGACAGAGAUUUACUAAAGCGUAUAGAUGAGAGUAGACACUAGAUAGCCUUACAGUUAGUAGCAAUGGGAAUGUACUAGGAUAUUUUUGAAGCUAAAGAAGGUUAGAGAGAAAGAAUGAUAAAGGACUCUAACUAUAGAUAUAAGCAUUUACUUUAUAGAUAAUGA